AUGUUCUACGACAUCUCGUUCUUCUUCUUCGUCAUCGUCAUUCUUGUUGCCAUCAUGCAAGGUUUGAUCAUCGACGCUUUCGGUGAACUUCGUGAUCAGCAAGAAUCUGCGACAGAGAAACUCGAAUCGUCAUGCUUUAUCUGCGACAUUGGUAAAGAAACGUUCGAUCGAAUGCCGAGAGGCUUCGAAAUUCACACCACCAAGGAGCAUAACUUUGCCAACUACUUGUUCUUCUUACAACACUUGGUCAAUAAAGACGACACCGAAUACACAGGUCAAGAAACGUAUGUGCGAGAGAAAUACGAUAAUAGAGAUUGGGACUUCUUCCCUGUCGGCGAAUGCUUCGUGAAACAGUACGAAGAUCAGCUGUUGCAGUCAUAA